AUGGACCUCCGCCCCCGGGUGCUCGUCUUGCGCAAUAUGACCCUCUUCCUUUGCGACGAGGAGAAACUCUGGGAUUGGCAAGAGAUGGACGAGCAGGGAAGCCUGUUCGAGACCGAGGCGAUGCUUGAGGAGGAGGCGAUCGACUCCGUCGAGCGACUCGUCUGCGUCCUCACCGACGUGCAGAUUGAGUCAAGCCCAAACGGCCACCCUACGACGGUAAAUAUCUUGCGCCUUAUCGGCCAGAGCACAACCGACGUAACCUUCGUAUUCUGGAGCCCUCACCGCCACGCAGAGUUCAUGAUCGGCUUCUACCAAGAAGACAUAGUCGGAAUUUGGCUGCAGUGCCUGGCCGGAGAGCUCGCCAGUUCUCAACUCGAGGACUGCGCAGUCACAUUUGUCAAUGCUGGUGCUGUAUGGUGGCGUGGCGCCGAGUACGUUGACGACGGGCAGUCGGAGGAAGGCGAGGGAGACGACGACGCCGACUAUGAUCCCGACACCAAACAACGGCGCGUCGAGCGCUGGAUCCGCUCCGAGGUGGCCGACAGUAGCAGUGAUCUCAACGACGAGACGGCAGCCCGCCGUCAAGACUCGAUCCGUUUCCUCAGCAUGGGCGAGUAUCUCGCUGAGCCGGGCGUGCUGGACGUGUUUGACCCGGCCGAGAUUGCAGGAUGGCUGUGA